UUUAAAUGGUCUACCUUUUUAGAAGACCAUAUCUUAACUACUCAAACAGGUAGCACAGGCGCGUUUGUUUGAGUAAUGUUUAAUUUCAAUAUUGACUUUAUCAUAGCUUUUAAACUAUUUGACUGGUAGUAUACAGUUCUAUAAACCAGUAAUAAGAAGACGUACAAAAGGUCCACGAGGCUUAUUUAACUCCUCUGUUAACGGUGGGUGCUAGCCAUAGUUACACUCCUGCCAUUUAUUGGACUAAAGAUAUAAUGGAAUCACAAAAAGACACGGGACUUUCGGACGAAGCAAACAUCGUUGAGUGUCAAAUAUGCUGUAAAUGGACAACUCGGCCGAGAUGUUUACCUUGUGUUCAUUCAUUCUGUGAAACUUGCUUACAAUCGUACAUUCAAGAGAAAGCUAAGGAAAAGAUAACUCUAGGAUCAACAGACGAAGAAAAACUGCUGACUAAUUAUUAUUGUCCCGUUUGUAACCAUGAAGUUAAGGUUGCAGACACAGAGCUCUCUUCCGGUGCUUGGCCCAAGUUACUUCCGGUAAAUCGUCUGCUGAUCACCAUUGUGGAAAAGUUGUCACUUGAGAGAGCCAAAUUUUGUGAUCCAUGCAAGCGGGGGGAUGACGAAAAGGAAGCUGUCUCUUGGUGUCGGGAGUGUGGCGAAGCUUUGUGUGAUCAAUGUACAACCUAUCACAAACGAGUCAAAAUGUUGAUGGACCACGAAGUUCUGUCUCUGGAAGACAUCCGGGGUCAUCCACGAAAAAUAGCGGACACUGAGGAAAUCUGCUCCAUACACCCUGGGAAGAACGUGGAAGCUAUCUGUCACAGCCAUGACAAGUUGUGCUGCAUGGAUUGUGUAACCUACCAACACAAGGAGUGCAAGAAAGUCACACCGCUAACAGACGCAGCAAGAGAAAUCAAAGGAAGCAAAGCAAUCACCAAUCUGAUUAUCAAAAUGAAACAAAUUGACAACCAAGCUGUGUCUGUUGUAGAGAGUCAAUCCUCCAACGUAGAGGAACUGCAAAACCAACAGGAUGCAAUCGUACUAAAGAUUCAAGAACUGAAAGCAGAGGUCACAAAGCAUUUAGACAAGAUUGAGGAACAGUUCAGGCAGGAUUUUUCUAUAAUACACACCGCUUUGCUGGAAAAGCUAGAAAUUCAAAGCAGGGAGUUCGGAUUUAUCCACCGCGCUAUCAACAAUGGCCAGAAAGUACUGAAUGUUUCCCUGUCUCAUGGCUCUAACGAACAAGUCUACGUCACUGCUCAUAAACUCAAGAAAAUUUGCGAAAAACACGAAAAGUAUAUAAAAACAGAAAGUAGGAACAUAUAUCAUCACGACUACAAUUUGAAAUUGAAUGAAACAUUAGAGGGAUUCACUGCAUGUAUCAAUUCAAUAGCCAAGAUUAACAUCAGUAGGUUAGCUACAAACAUCGUUCCAGCAUUUAUGAAGGACAUGGUUGCCGCAGAAUUGGGAGAAUUCAACGGAAAAUCCCCAUCAGAUACGUGUCAUCCAUGGUUCACUAGCGGCAUCUUUAUUCCAAAUGGAAAUCUGAUUUUAGCUGAUUUUAAAAACAAGAAAAUAAAAUGUUUUGAUAACGAUGACGUUUUGGUAUCAGAAAUUUCUCUAGAGUAUCAACCAUGGGGCGUGGCUCUUUUCGAGCAAAACGUUUUGGUAUUUACCACCCCAGAUCGCCCUGAAUUAAGAUUCAUCGAACUAAAAGAUAACCAAGGAAUGGAACUCCGCGAAGAUACAAUGGAUGUGGUAGCUGGUUGUCAUAGCAUUCAGGUAGACGAGAAGAGAAUAACUCUAGCGUGUUCGACAGAGAUUCGUGUCUUAUUAAGAGAUGGACAGGUAGAAAGAAUAAUUGAGAUCAAAGACCGGGGAACGCGUUACGCGUAUAGAGCUCCAGAUGGAACAAUCUCCUACACAAACAAAAUGGCGCUAGUCAGCUUGAAGGGAAACGUCAAAGAGAUGCAGUAUUCGGAUAAAGAACUGCGGUCUCCCCGCGGAUUUACCGUAGACAAAGAAGCCAAUUACUAUGUCUGUGGCAUGGACUCCAACAACAUCCACCAAGUGCAGCCGAAUGGAAGACUAGAGAAAUUGUUGCUUAGUUCGAAAAGUGGAAUUCGAAAUCCAUACGCCAUUGGUAUCGAUCAUAUGACGAAUCGAAUUUUUGUUACUCAGAUGGACUGUGAAACAGUAAAAAUGUAUCGACUUAUAACAAACUGGUGAUUAUCAAAACAUGUCUAUACACGUGUAUCUAUUAAAAUUAUCUUUUGUAGGUAUCUUCGAUUCAUGUAUUUGAAUCGGUAUGGUAUCAAUUGUUGUAUACAUGUUCGUGCUAUCAGGAGGGUCCGAUGGUCAUGGCCAUUUUCAGGCUGUCCUUACCUCCUUAGACAAGAUGCUCUGUAUGAAUCUAUUGUAAAAUACGGAAAUGUUAGAGCUGAAAGCUGUUUGGUCCGAUUAUACAUCAAAUUUUAUGACUGCUUGGCAGUGAGUGCUUUCAAACGAUGGUUAUGCUAAGUAUAUGUGUAAAGUAAAACACAUUGCAGUCGUCUUCCCUGUCGAUUAAGCCAUAUGAUAUCUCAAUGAAUAAAUGAUGUACAUGUAGGCCUACAAAAUUUGUUUUAAAAACAAACGACACAAAAGGAUGUAGCGGUUUUUUAGGGUUUUUUUUUUUACUCAUAUUUGAAAUUAGCCCCUAACGUCGAGGCGGCUAUGAUUGUAUUACGACUUUGACAUCUCUAUAAAUAAAUGUUUUGGUAUAUAAAGAAAUAACCUGUGUACAUUUGUUCACUAAUAUUUUUGAAUUUUGCUUUGUGUACAAAUUUGGUUUGUUUUUUUGUAUGCCAGAAAAAAAUUAUUUUAUUUACUAUGAAUUUUUCUAACUUUGAAAGGAGACCGAUUCUGCUGGUGCAAUUAAGGCAAGAGUCUAUAACUUUCUAAGAUAAUUGGUUUUUAUGGAAAAUUAUUUGACACUAUAAUAACGAAAAAAUCGGACCAAGCAGUUUAAAAUAUUUGGAUGUUUUCUUUACUUCAUCAUAUUUUAUGGCCAAAAAAUCAUAUUUCAAAGUUUAAGGCAGAUCGGGAGGUUCAAUUAAUGACCACUUCGCCUCCUUAACAGGUUCAGAUUCUAAUACAGGUUAUAGAUAUAUAUAUAUAUACCCGGUAUGCAUUAAAAUUCACCAUGGGAGUAAGAUUUGAUGGAGAAAAAAAAUUUGCUACAUACAUGUACAAUUACAUUGGUUUGAAUAGUGCACAAUUUAAAGUACACGCAUUACCCUGGAUCCCCUUUCUUUUUGAUUGGCACAGACUGGACGCCCGAACUGUUAUCUCUUGUAUUCAUCAUUCCACAUUCAGGUUUUACUUAAUUAUCACUCGUCAUCUUUUAACAUCCGUGCAAAGCCGCAACUCGUUGAGAAUUGAUGGUUAAGAAUGGCUGCUGUUCGAAGCACAAUGUGAUAAAUCAAAGAAAAUCUGCAGUUCAGGAGAGCAAAUUUAAAGCCUGUGAUUGAUGUUCUUUCAAUUUGAAAUGAAUUCGAAUUCUCGCUUGUGAGCACCAUUGAACUACUGAAAAAUGAUACUUUGUAGUACAAGUUGGCGAGUUUAAUGGGAAAUCACGAUCACUAAUGAAUUGUUACAGAAAUGAAGUACAUUGUCACAGCGAAAAACUCCAGAUAUAGUGAAACACACUGUGCUUGUACUUUAAUUAUUAAAAAAAAAACUUCCAUUGUUCUUAAUGAUGUGUGAAAUGUCGAGAUCAAAACAUCGACACUUACUUAAAAAUUGAUAGAAAUGUUUGUCCUAAUUACAUUAAUUUGUGAAAAAGAAAAAGAUUUGUACGACGCACUUUU